AUGGCUACCUCUUCUCAGCGAAGAACCAAGGAUGCUCACAGGCAUCAUCUUGGCAUGCUCCCCCAACCUGAAGCUCGUGUCGUUCAGGAACCUUCAUCCUCCGUACAGCACAAUGGCCGACCGAGAACCCAGAUUCGCGUGACGAUGGAGACUGAUGAACUGAAGGCUAUGGGAAUCCUCCUGUGCCAGCUCCACCACACUCUCGGUGAGGUGACCAACAGUGAAGUUACGUCCGUGGAUGUGUGGUUUCUGGCGCUGGCCUGUGAGAAUUACGGGGUCGAUCCCAAGGACAAGGACUUGGUAGGAUGGUUCAAAAAGUGGCACAAGAAAUAUUCUACAACAAACCUGCUGGACUCAGACUACAAGACAUUGGUCUACCAUCGACAGCUUCUGUACCCGAGUUGGGUGUUUGACCAUGCGUUCCUCUUUGCUCGGCUGACGAAGGAACUGGUCUAUGGAAGCGAAGGAGCAAAUCAUCUCCACCCGCAGCCGCCUGCGUAUCAUCGCUCACGAGACCUCUUCAAUCGUGUCGCACGCAUCGUCGGCUCCGCCACCUGCCCCUGCCGCCAGAACAUGACAUUCGAGUAUCUACGCGAGCUGCAUCGGAUCGGUGUGUGGCCGUUCGAGGAGUACAUGCCGCGCAAUAGUAUCAGUGACCUGCUCGGCCGCCUGUACCUCUCUGAUUCGGAUGAAAUGCGCCCAUCUACUGGCAGAGGCAGGCCGAGAAGAGCUAUUGCUGCCGUUGGUGACGAUGUCGUCGCCCUGUCCUGCGAGUCCUGA